GGAUGAUGUCAUCUUUACAAGGUGAGCGGCCAUUUUGUUAGCCGUGUGUAGCUGUGCAGAUUUCGUUCAUCAAAUUUCACCGAAAACAACAACUUCUGGAGGUUUUUGUUUACAUUGUGUUUUCGAUUACAUACUUGUAAUCCGGAAUAAGAAGUGUUUACUCGCUGACAUUAAACAUAGUCAUUCAUUUUCCGAGCUGCUUUGAGUUUGCUAGCUCUUUAGCUAGCUGGCUAACUUGUUUACGUGUUCCGUUGAGGGAAAACAUCGGGCUUUCAUGACCGCCAGCUUUUAAAUGUUACAACUGUCGAAUGAGCACGGUUUGUCCGCUCCUGACUUCCGUUGCCGUACGUUUGUGUCUUUUAUUUAAACCGAAGACAAUUUGAGCCACGUUUAAGACCUUCCAACUUGCGUUGCACCUCAGUAGUUAACCAGCAACUUGAGCUCCGUCAUCAGCUGACUGCUCACGGACCAGCAGCGCUCAGCCAUCCCGGAGCAACAUGUCAGAGCUGUACAUUAGGGUGGCUGAGGAUGAGAACGAGGAGCCCAUGGAGAUCCCCUCAGAGGACGAUGGGACUGUUCUACUAUCCUCGGUAUCAGCCCAGUUCCCGGGGGCUUGUGGUCUUCGGUACAGAAACCCGGAGUCCCAGUGCAUGAGGGGGGUCCGGCUGGUGGAGGGGGUCCUGCAUGCACCAGAGAGCAGCUGGGGAAACCUGGUCUAUGUCGUCAACUAUCCCAAAGAUAACAAAAGGAAGAUGGAGGAAAUCGACGCGGCGUCGGCUGUUAAAAUUAAAAGAGGUUUUCAGAAAACAUCAGACCUCAUAGUCCUCGGGUUGCCUUGGAAAACAACAGAACAAGACUUGAAGGAUUAUUUUAGCACCUUUGGGGAGGUCAUUAUGGUGCAGGUGAAGAGAGAUGCAAAAACUGGCAACUCAAAAGGUUUUGGCUUCGUCCGCUUUGCAGACUAUGAGACGCAAACUAAAGUCAUUGCUCAGAGACACAUGAUUGACGGACGAUGGUGUGACUGCAAACUUCCGAACUCAAAGGCAUCUCCCGAUGAACCGAUGCGGAGCCGCAAAAUCUUUGUUGGCCGCUGCACAGAGGACAUGACGACGGACGAUCUGAGGCAGUACUUCAUGCAGUACGGUGAAGUCACUGAUGUCUUCAUUCCCAAACCUUUCCGGGCCUUUGCAUUUGUCACGUUUGCUGAUGAUCAGGUCGCCCAGGCUCUGUGCGGAGAGGACCUGAUCAUCAAGGGCGUCAGCGUGCACAUCUCCAACGCUGAGCCCAAACACAAUAACAGUAGGCAAAUGAUGGAUCGGGGUCGGUUUGGGGCUGGCGGGUUCAGUCAGGGGUACGGCAGUAAUCGCGGGGGGCUAAGCAGCGGUAGUGGAGGGGUUAACUUUGGGGCUCUGGGCCUUAACCCAGCGAUGGUGGCAGCAGCUCAGGCAGCGCUGCAGAGCAGCUGGGGAAUGAUGGGCAUGCUGGCUAACCAGCAGGGCUUGACCACAGCGGCAGGUACAGCCUCUACCACCAGAGAUCAGACGUAUAGCUCUGCCAGCACCAGCUACAGCAGCCCCAGCUCAGCCAGCCUGGGCUGGGCCGGAGGCACUAACACGGCCUCCAGCAGCGGCUUCAGCUCCGGCUUUGGCACGUCAAUGGAGUCUAAGUCUUCUAGCUGGGGAAUGUAGAGCUAGGUGAGAGUUGAUGUUUUCUCUUGCUGUUAGGCAAAUCUGGUAAGUAUACCUACAGGAAGGAAUGGCUUAUAUCUUAUUUAAGAAAGAAACACUGCCUUUUAUUUUAUUAAAAGCGAACAUUUCUACUGGUGUGACUGACAGUGUAGUCAUGCAUUGAAUGGGUAAAACAUUUAGUUUGUGGAAUCCUCCUACGUAGUUUUGUUUGUGAGAAUAUGUUACGAAGAGACGGCCGUGCAUGUACCAUAACUAUUUAUAAACGUGCACGAGUUUGCUGAGGUCUCCCUGCAGUCCGUCGAAAGCUGGCUGUCAGAUAAUUAUAUAUAUUUAUGCAUCAUAUUGUAUUUCUUUGGUUUGUUUUAUUUUUCUUUUCUUUUGGAAACGCCUUCAUGAACGUUUCUUUCGCAGUUCACCAACUCUUUCACAAUUUCCCGGGAGGAGUCGCUUCAUUGGCUGCAAUGUUCGGCAGAUCUCAGUAUCCCUUCCCCUCCUCCCACGUGUAAAUGCUUUAUCAUCCGAGAACACAGCUUCACUCUGCGUAUACGGUGUUAGACGGUGGGUGUUGCCUUUCUUUUCUCUCCCCUCUUUUUUUUUUUUUUUUAUUUCUCCCUCUUUUCGGGAUAUAGAAAUCUUGUCUGCCCCUGUCGCUUUUUGAUCUCGAUGAGUGGAUUUGGUGUUGGACCGAAUGAGAGUGAGCAAAAGGAAGGAAAGCAAGAACUGUUUGUGCUUUAUUUAUAUAUUUUUUGAAAGACAAAUGCCUGGGAGAGGUGAGAAGAACCUGUGGCUUUGUGCGAGUGUGAGAGGAAGAAGCAAAGUACGUGUGUGUUCUCAGUGACCAUCACAAGGACAUUUCUUGCAUCUCAAGAUCCCUGAGUUUUCUGCUUACUCGUAUCGUUUUUCUAUCCAUCCCUGAUUUUUUUUUAUAUUUAAAAAAAAAAAUCACACUGAAUUGUCAAGUGCUAUGAAUAUCUGUAUCUUUUAGUAGAUCUUUUCUUGCUGUCCAAUGCGAUGUGAAUGCUCGUCUUAUUUUCUCCUUGUUACCACCCUCUUUGUGUGAAAAUGUGACUUUGUUUGUGAAGUCUGUGUGAAGGGAGGGGGGGAAAACACUGAAAGAGUGCUGAAGUUUGGAAGAUGUUCCUGGUGAAUGUUUGAAUAGUUCCCAUUGAAAGUUUGUGUUUGAAGUGGUUUCGAAUGCAUUUUUCUAUGUUUUGUGAAUCAAAGGGAAGUGUGAAAUAAAACUUAAUUUAACUAGGGAAAAUACCCUCUUGACAAA